UAAGACAACUUUUUGAUAUAAAGAUAAAAUAUUAAACUCAAAAUUUUCAGUCAUUUUAGUUUGCUUUUUUAUUCGUCUCUUAUAAGUUUGAUUUAAGAAAUACAUAAAUUGCAUGUUAAGCAGGUGAUGUUGUAAUACAUUUUUUCGCAUUUAAAAAAUCAAAAAGGAUGAUACACAAUCAAAUUUGUUGAAUUUGAUAUAAAUCAAAAUUGAAGAAAUGAAUCGCAUAUCACUCAUUUUAAAUGCAAAAUUUGAGUUCAAAAAAUUAAAUCCGACAAAUUAGAUUGUGUAUCCCCUGUUUAAGCCUAAAUGUAUAGAUAUACCAUGUUAAACUUUCAUAAUUUGUGUUGUUUUUUAAGCUCCUUUGUUAUUUUACUGUAAUUUAAAGAAAACUAGGAUAAUAGGACAAUAGAUUUUACUGUUUUAGGCCAAUACAAAUAAAAGUUCUAAAAAAUAUGUCAAACAAGCAUGCAUUACGAAAACAUCAAAAACAAGUUAAGUUUUACGUGGAUUCCAAAUACUCAAUUUUGGAAACUAUUGGGGAAGGUGCAUAUGGUGUAGUGUGCUCCGCUGUGGAUAACUCAACUGGACAGCGUGUUGCAAUAAAAAAGAUAUGUGAUGUUUUUGAUGUACCUGCUAUUACGAAACGAACAUUACGGGAAUUGAAGAUACUAAAACAUUUUAAACAUGAUAAUAUCAUUGCAAUUAAAGAAAUUCUUCGACCUCCUGCUGAUAUUAAUGAAUUUCGAGAUGUUUAUGUUGUUCUUGAUUUAAUGGGAAGUGAUUUGCAUCAUAUCAUUCAUUCCAAACAAGAUCUUUCUGAGGAGCAUGUGCGAUAUUUUUUGUACCAGCUCCUGCGUGGAUUGAAAUAUAUCCACUCUGCAAACAUCAUUCAUCGAGACUUGAAACCAAGUAAUUUGCUGAUUAACAAAGAUUGUGAAUUAAAGAUAGGUGAUUUUGGUAUGGCAAGGAGUCUAUCUUCUUCUCUGACAGAACAGAAGCGUGUUAUGACAGAGUACGUUGCAACGCGCUGGUAUCGCGCACCUGAACUAAUGUUAUCUCUUCAUCAGUUUACAAAAGCAAUUGAUAUUUGGUCUGUUGGAUGUAUUCUUGCUGAAAUGCUUGGUAGAACAGCACUGUUUCCUGGCAGCAACUAUCUUAACCAGCUGCAGCUCAUUCUCAGUGUUGUGGGAGUCCCCUCCGUUGAAUUUAUGUCUACCAUCACAUCAGAUCGAGUGCGACAUUACAUCAGCAGACUACCUCAUAAAGAAGCUGUAUCAUUUUCAACAAUGUACCCGAAUGCAAGUGCUGAAUCCAUUAACCUUCUUACACAACUUUUAGUGCUUGAUCCAAGAAAAAGAGUUAGUGUGGAGACAGCUUUAAAUCAUCCAUUUGUAGAUAAAUACCAUGAUCUUGACGAUGAACCGACUAGUUCAUUGUUUAAUUAUGACAUUGAGUGCCUCCCGCUUAACAGGCAAAUACUAAAAGAGCACAUUUUAAAGGAAAUCCAGGAUUAUCAUUCAAAGAGACCCAAACCAAAGCUGGCCCCUGUCCAGACGGAAUUCCUAAAGCCUUUUCUAUACCCUGAGGUGAGACAAACGAAAUUGUCAGAGGAGGACUCGGGAGAUGAUGUUACAAUAACAGAGGACAAAAAACACGAAGGUCGGAAGCGCAAACAUAAGACAGCUGUCACUCCGAAUGUGAAGAAGAAAGUAACCGCAACAGAUGUCGAAGCGAAAAAAUCAGAGCUAUCUAAUGAAGAUAAAGAACUGCUUCAACGCUGGUCAAACAUGCAGAAAGAUAAGAAACCUUUCAUACAUCCUAUACGUCAACAUAUGGAUGAACUAAUGCAACUACAAGCAGAAUCACUCUCCACGCAACCUGCUCAAGAGAUGGUCAAAGGUCAGCCAAUUAUUGACCGUGUAUCAAAUAAACAGUUAAACACACUACAAUUCACAAACUUUGUACCAAAACAAAGAGAUGGCGGUGUGGCGUUAGUAAGAGAACAAACUAUAAGAAUUCCACCUGUCGUGAAUGUCUGUCAGGCUGUGACGUCUCGUUACACCACUACAGUAACCAGUACUAUUUCAGCUACAACCAAUUUUCUACCAUCAGUAACAGCAUCGCAUAACCAGACAACAGUUACCAGCAAUGCUACAAACCAGACCGUAUUGGUUCCUCUUGGUUCAAUACCAAUGUUUCAAUUACGUGGGGCGUUCAACGGUGCUGCGCCAAUAGUUAUUUUUCCCAACAUCAGUUCUCAAAAAGUGAACGCACCAAUCCCGAUCGCACCCAAACCUGCACAAAUGGGUUGUGUGAGCAUACAACCAAAGCCUGUGUCACAUCAAGCUUCGUUUAUAACUUCAACGAUGUCAUCGCAAAGUUUAACUGUAACCACGGCAACGACUGAAAAGCCUAAGUUUAGUAAUGUAUCGGAGAUAUCGAAGUCUAUUAAGGAGAUGAAGAAGCAUCUUAUGGAGAAGACUCGGAAAUACACUUUAAACCCGCCUCUAACAGAAGAAAUUUGUGCAAGCGCCAUAAGGACAACUGACACUGUAAAUUUAACGAAGCCCUCUAGCCAAGGUAGUGAUGACUUUGUUUCGUUUUUGUGUAGCAUUGGGACAGAAAGUAAAAGCGAUAGCUCGAAAUCAAAAGACAGUAAAUUUUCAAUUAAAUCUUUAUACUCCGCAAAUUCUGGUCUAUCGGAAAUAUCGAUUAACUCCGCUGAUUUACUCUCCUCCGUGGAGAUUUCGUCUGAAGAAUCAGCUGAAACUAUCGCUAAAAUAAAACAGCUGGAUGAUGAAGACAAAAAAAUCGUGAAUAUCAUUGAAGAGAUGGAAGAAACGAACGAACAAAGCAGCGCUGAAGCGCAUAGUACUAAAGAAACGCUCCAACCCUGCACGACAGUUCAAAGUUUUCACACAGACAACUGGUCGAUUGUUAAGAACAUGCUUGUGACCAGUAUAAGGGCGAGACAAUUGAAAGAAGAGCAGAAUGAACUCGAUUACACCGCUAUUGUUACACAUGCAAACUUGCAGAAUUUCACUACGAAUGUGUCAAGUCUGUGCAAUGUUGGGAACGCGAUUGUAAAUGGUAAACCAACCGCAGAACUAUCUGUUACACAUACAGCUACUACUGUUUCGGCUGCUAUCACAAACACUACUACUUCGUUUGUUAGUAAGCUCAAUGUAACCGCUGCACGAAAUACGAACUGUGUGCCUGCGCUGGUAACUCCAAAGAUAGAAUGCUUAAGCGAUGAAGUAAACAAAUCUUUUCAUAGAUCAACCAAUCAAACGUUAGGUGGUAUUGAAUCGACCAAUCAAACGUUGAGUGGUAAUGGAUCAACCAAUCUAACAUUACAUAAUUUAAGUACUAGUACUAAAUUGACCUGUGACGUAAAUCGAACAGACGAUAUAUUUUUGACGACUUUUGUCAAUACACCAAAGACACCAAGAAGUGGAGCAGCAGGAUAUGGUUUAGGAAUGGAUUUUGAGGAUUUAUUUGCUGGUAGUUCUAUUGACAUAUUGAAUCCUUUAAGAAGCGCCGGAGGAGCACAGUUAUCGAACGAACCGCAGCUCUCCGCCUCAUUGUUAAACGAAUGGCUUGGUAUGGACGAACUUGAUCCUGCUGAUAUUGCUGAUUUGCAAAGAGAAUUGGAAUCAACUUCAUCCUCGUUGCUACUGGAUACGUAAAGCUUAAAAGGAGGGAGUAGUGAUAAUUUUUGCUAGUGUUUUUCUUCUUAUCUUUUUCUUUCUAAUUAACUGAAGACAUAAAUUUCAUUCAAAACUGCGAUAUACGCUUCUUCUUCUUCUUCUUUUACCCGUUUUGCGUUUAUUUUUUAAAAUGGUUGACCUGUAUUGUUGACCUGUAUUUCAUUAAUUACUGAAGAAUAAAUCGAAAUUUCUCAAAGCUUUUGUAGUGAUAAUGUAAUACGUUCUUUCUUUGCUACAGGUUAACCACCUCCAUGUUUAUACACAUUUUUUGUAUAAAAAAAUUUCUGGUUAGGAGAGGUAUGUUUCAAUUUAUUUCUAUCCAUUUUUGAAGUCUGACUUUUUCUGCUGAAAAAAGAUUUGAAAUUUAAUGUUGUGUGUUCAAUACCAAAAAUGAAUGACCUCGUUUUGAAAUUAUUUCUGUGGUAAAGAGAUUAUUGGGAGACCAAUGAUUUACCUGUAGUUCCUUUGAUAAAGCGCUUGAACUUCAAACAAACAAUGAAUUAAAUCAUUUUUGAUUUUGUUAAAAUGGACAUUACUUGUAGUUUUACUAUCAACUUUCUUCUACUGGAACUGGGUUGCAAGUCUUGCACAGGUGAUUAAAAACAGGCUCGAUUUUUUUUUUAUGAUUAAAUUAUUUUAACUUUUAACAAAAAAAUCCUGAUUCCGAUUGGAUAUUUUGAACUACUUCUAGUGCCCUUAAUUAUCAGUGAAAAUGAACAUCCAGUGCGAUUUGAAAAAAUAGAUCACUUACAUAAGAAUCAUCAUGCGUAAAUUUCAAGGGUGUUUGGGGGCAGUUCAAGGCCAUUUUUUUUAAAUAUAUAUUUCUAUAGCUUUAAACCCUCUGAUACGUUGCUUCAACUUGCUAGAAAUUAGUUUAAAUUUUAAUGUCACGAUAAUUCACAAUCUCUUCUUGUGACUAUAUAUCUUUGCAAAUAUAUAAUAUUGUAUAUAUUUUGUGUUUUUUAUACAUAUUUAUUUUAUUAUUUUUAUUGUACAUAUCAAAGUAAAUGAACCCUUAAAAUAUAAUUUUUUGCGAA